UAAUUCUAUAGAUGAUUCGCAAAUUCAUUCCGAAAACAACUAUAGCGGCAGCAGCAAUAACAACAACUAUCUCAAAACCAAUAAUAAUACCAACUUCCCCAACAGCAAUAGCAGUAACAAAACUUUUGAAAGGUGCAAAUCUUUGGAGGCUAAAAUUGACAAUUUGAACACCAAAUUUGACAACAUGCUAGAUUACCUUAAGAAAAUGAUGGAAGUUCAGGCAAAGCAGGGUCUCCAAUUAAGCGUUCUUGCUAAUAAGGACGCAGAUAUGAGGAAUUUGAGCAAACUCUUCCCUAUAAAAACCAUUGAAGAAAUGGAAAGCGUCAAUAACGCCAUAAAUGAGGUGAACAUCAAUGAAUAUAUUAACGCAAUAAAACACUUAUUAAAGGGGGAUCCUGAAAAGCACUUUGAGAAAAUUAUCUCCAGAUCUAUGUGCAACGAAGUCAAUGUAGGCGGCGUCCAUGGCAAGAUUUGCCUCAAAAAAUAUACUUCCUUGUAUAAUGCGAUUAUAAGUGGAUUGUCGGCGACGUCAGAAAAGCCCGAUAAGCAACUAUCGAAAUGCCUCCACAUUGUUAAAAAAAGGCUAUAUAGAUUGACCACAGUGAAUAAACUAAAAAUCGGAAAUAACUAAUAUAAUUAACACUAUUGACUUUUUUUUUAUCUAGUUUUAGUAUAAAAAAAGUUUUUUUUUUUUACUGAAUAUGUGAUUAUUUUUUUUUUAAUUUUUGAAAUCAUUAUCUGAGGAAUUGUUUUUUUUACUUUUGGAAUCAUUAUUAUAAAUUAUACUUAGUUUUAAGAAGAGAAGACUUUAAAUGUUUAAAUUAAACGAAAUGUAUGAAUGAAAUCAAAAAUAUAAAGAAACCAAGA